AAGCGUAUCAGCGGUGAGGAAGCUCGCUACGUCAUUCACGCACAUUCACGUUUCUGCUCGUUUUGGAACGCUUCUUCGUCAAAACGCAUCGUACGUGCGAAUUACUCGUCGAUCACUCGACAUUGCUUCGUUGAUCGCGUGCCAGACACGUGGUCGGCAUCUUCGUCGGCAUGGAGUCCAGUGACUCGAUGCCGCCGGAAAUGGAACCGUCCCCCGGCGAAGAUAUCAUACUGAUCGAGACCGUGAAGAGAAUAGUGACACGUGAGGGACAUAAUGAGUCGGAGGGAGCCGAGGAGGACUUCUUCCUGAUCUCGCAGGAUCAGACGGUGCAGUAUCCGGAGCCGGAGGGGCCGAACGUCGAGGUAUCCAACAGGCAUCAGACGGACGCGCUGGCGUGGAUGCGCCUUUGCAGGAUAUGCGCCAACUCGAGCGAUCACAUGAUACCCAUCUACGAGGGAGUCGGCGUACAGCAUGACUUGUCCAGCAAAAUACUCAAGUACUUGCCGAUACACGUAUCGGAAAGUGACACUUUACCGUUGCAACUGUGCAAUCGUUGCGCGAACGUCCUGAUGGCCUGGCACGAAUUGAGCGAAGGAUGUCUGAGCGCAGAGAGGAAGCUUCUGGAACUGCAGGAUGCACAACUGCAGGAUGUACAAGAUAAGCAGCAGUAUUACAAUCCUACUUCUUUGGAUAAUUUAGAACUUACUACUCCAAUUCUUACAACAGCCAGCACAACGCCUAAUGUCAUAAACUCAUCAUUAGAUCAACAGGACGAUGAAAAAAAUGGAGUUUGUGAUACAGAAAAAAAUUCAUGUGAUACAGAUAAAUCCAAUAGAUGUACACGAGUGUCGAAAGACAAAUCGAAGAAAUACACGCGAAUCAGCUCGCCAAGAAACGAACAUUCUGAAGAACAUACUAACAUCGGGAAAAUUCGGUCAACGGAAUCCAGCGAGAAAAGCCUAUCAUUAACGCAUUUCAACGAUUCUGAUGAAAAAUUAGGAAGAGAUAAUUCAACAGACUCUUAUCAUCUAAAUAAUUCUGAGCAAACUCAGAAACUUCAAGAGAAACUCGCGAUGGACUCUCAAGAAUAUACGGAACGAUUGAAACAAUUACCGAAACAACAUACUAAAUCAUCUCGCUCAAAGAUGACGGAAAAUAAUGGAUGCGUUUCUCACAAGUGCGAAGAAUGCGGGAAGGUUCUUUCCACGUCGUACAAUUUAUUGAUUCACCGCAACAUUCAUACUGGCAUGCGACCUUAUGCUUGUCCCGUUUGCGAUAAGAGCUUCCGAUCGGCGUCUGGUCUGAACAGGCACGUGCGCGACGUUCACGACGGAGUUAAGAAUUUCGCCUGUGACAUAUGCGGCCGCCGUCUCGCUUCACGGGCGUCGAGAGACGAGCACAGACGCACUCAUUCCAGCGAAAGGCCUUACGUGUGCAAGACCUGUGGCAAGUCUUUCAAGCAGAAAGCGUCCCUGAACGUUCAUCGACUUUAUCAUUCUCACUUACUGCCGCAUCGUUGCACUCUAUGCGAUCGCGGUUUCAGGAGGAAGCAGGAAUUGUACAAACACAUUGCCUGGCACUCCGAUCAAAAACCGCACGUCUGUGACAUUUGCAACGAGUGCUUUCGCAGCAAAAGCUGCGUCACCCGUCAUCGACGCACGCAUACCAAUCAGCGUUUUCACGUUUGCGAGAUUUGUGGCGCCAGGUUUACCCAGGAACGAUAUCUGAAGAGACACUGCGGCAAUUUACACACGGCUAUACCCACGUAAACACAAGAUGUGAAAUUGUUGAUCGGACGAAUGGCAAAACUCAUUUGCCGAUCGUUAAAUUCAAAUGAUAUAACUAGUAUGCAUGUACUGCUAUUGCUGAAGUAUCAUUUUCACGAAUCAUACAGGAAUUUUUUACAAAGUCCAAUAAAACGCACAAAGAUGUCAAAAAGAAUUGGAAAACCGAUUUGUUGCACAGAUUAUUAAAAAAAUUUUAUUUUAGAAAUUGCUUAAGAAAUUGCAUAACUGACCUAGUCCACAUGAAUUGUAUUUAUUGCUUGAAAACUUACAGUUGGUUGAAAAAUAAUGUCAGAACAACAAUAAAUUGCAAUAAAAAAGAGCACUAUCCAUAUUGUGACAAAUAUUUCUUCAGAUGGAAAAAUAUGUUGUUAUUUGCAUAUACACGAAAAGCCAUUUCCAUGUAAAAUCUUCCUGAAGAUGUUUAAUAAGAAAUGAUUGCUGAGACAGCAUCUCAUCUAUAAACAUUUUCAAGAACCAUGCUCUCUGUUUUCAUCUAUUUAUGGAAUAACUACAUCAAAUAUUUUCGAACAAAGUAUAUCACAUGAGUAACAAAAAGAGGAACAAGAAGACUCUUAAUUACGGAAAAAAA